UGUGUUCUGACAUGGACAUUCAUGAGUUACCUGGGCGUGUCGUUUGCGCGCAGGUAAGUUUCGACACUCUCUUCUUGCGCUAUCCAGGCUGGUGUCAGUCUCCUGAUGGUGAACGUGCCGACGGAGGGGUCAGGACAGAGCACAAGGAAACAAGGAUAAUAGGGCAGCAGAUGAAUCAGGAACAAAGUCUGAAUGCAUCAUCCUGACUGACAACAUUUUGGACAAGUCCCUUCAGCACAGUCAUUCAGAACAGCUUUUGUUUCACUGCAAAUUCUUUAUUGGCUUUAAUCCUGCCUGUAAGUUUGACUGAGACCAUGAUAGCAUCCCAAACCUGCUGAGAGCUCCUUGACAAAAGAUGCAACCAGGAGGUCCUCCCGCUCCGCCACCUCCGCCACCACCACCACCACCACCGCCUCCACCUCCUCCCCCCACCCCCACCUCCUCCUCCACCUCCACCCCCAGCCCCUGGCCUCCCUCCAUUCCUAAAUGGCACGGGCCUCAUUGCGAAGGGGGCCCGCCGGAGCUCCAGGAUGCGCAACUUCAACUGGGAAACCCUUCCAAAACACAGUGUGAUUGGAAAGCACAACAUCUGGACGGCAGAUAAGACUGAUGGGGAAUAUGAGCUGGACACUGUUCACAUGGAGGAGCUGUUCAGCCACAAGCAGGACCAGCAAAAACUCAAGGCCCUGAACCGCCAGAGUCUGAGGGGGCUGCCAACUGCUGCCUCAGGAGGGGAAAUGGUUUCCAUCCUCAGCUCCAAGAGGAGCAUGAACAUUGGAAUUUUCCUAAAGCAAUUCAAGCGGCCUGUAAAAGACAUGAUUAAAGAAAUUAAAUCAGGAAGUAGUCUCAGUUUUCCUUCUGGAAAACUGAGGGAGCUGUGCAAGCUGCUUCCAGAUGAAGUGGAGGAAAAGCAGCUGGUCAACUUUAAGGGUGAUCACUUCGCCCUCCCUGAUGCAGACCUGUUUAUGGUAAUGCUUGUCAAGAUUCCCAGUUAUGAAGAGCGCCUCAGCAGCUUGGUGCUCAAAGAGGAAUUUUUCCCCCUCAUGGAUGAAAUGAGAGAUUUCAUUGGCACUUUGACAUCUGCUGGAAAGGAGCUCUUGGAGUCUGAUCAUCUUCAUUCUGUCAUUCGCCUGGUACUGAAGACUGGAAAUUACAUGAAUGCGGGUGGUUAUGCAGGCAGUGCCAUCGGCUUCCGAAUGGCUUCUCUGCUGAAGUUAGUGGACACCAAAGCAAACAAACCUGGAAUGAAUCUUAUGCAUUAUGUUGUGAUGCAAGCUCAGAAGGCAGACAUGGAACUGCUUAAAUUUCCAGAACAACUCGAACACAUUGAAGCUGCAGCAAGAUUAAAUAAAGGUGAAAUUGAAGCAGAGUUUGAAAGACAGGUAAAGAAGGUACAAAAUGCUAAAGCGGACACCUUGAAGCAGGAAGACCUAAAGGCACAGAUGGAGGACUUUCUGAAGGAGGCUGAGGUCUGCUUGGCAGAGAUAGAGGCUGAUCUUCAGGAAUUGCAGUCAGUGAGUGACUCUGUGGCAGAGUACUUCUGUGAAGACCCAACAAAAUUCAAACUAGAUGAAUGUUGCUCCAUUUUCAACUCGUUUUGUGAGAAAUUUAUGCGGGCCAUGCAGGAAAACAAGGCUCGAGAAGUGGCAGAGGUGCAGCGGAGACACAGAGACAGAUUGCAGUGUUCUACCAAACGCAGGUCCACAGCUACCUGUUCCAGUAGGGACAAGGAAAUGGAUGGAAUUGCCUUGGAAUCCGUCCUACAGAACUUCCUUACCAAUCGAGGCUCUCGGAGGAGACUCGGAAGGCCCUCAUCCUCUCAGGGAAGCCCCACAAGAGGCAGCCCCAACAACGGGAGCCUAUCGGAAAUUACUUCUCAGGUAAACCUCCCCACUGGAAAUCAAAAGACAGGAGGCUCUUUUGGAGUCAAGGAGAUUGGCAGAAAAGAGUGGAAUUCAGCAGUUCAACUCACAGAGAACUCUGUGAAGAAAGCCCAGUCUAAUAGUGAGGACAACAAGGCAAAAGGUGGCAUUCCUCAUGAGGAAGAGAUGAAAACUUCCAGAAAAGAGGACUCUAGAGGUUUUACACACCCAGCCAAUAGGACCACCAGCAUUUCAUCCAGAUCGUUCUCAGCCACCACUGAUGAUGAUGAGGAAGAUCUACAGGACAAUAAUGAGGAGGAGGCCCAAAAGUUGCGUGAGGCAUCUAAAAAGGUUUUGCGUUUUCAGAACAGCCGUGGCAGUGCCUCAUCCAUGGACUAUACUAUGGAAAAUCUAAAAUCUCCCGGUGCAACUACCGUCUUGCCUCGUCAACGCACCUUCGAUGAGGCUACAGAGAGAUAUCCUGGAGACCCAACCAAUGAGGAUUUAGUCAAAUUUUUACUCAACCCUCAGUCCUCCUCAAAACGUAACCUUGGCCGCCGUCAUACCCUACCUACCAAAGUGCCGAAAACUGAGGAAGAGGAGGAUAAUCUGUGGGCUCAGCCUCCUGUCAGAACUCCUAAUUCUGCAGCAAGAGAAAAGGGGCCAAUGCUAGCAGAGGGUGCUGGACAUAAUCCCUCAAAACAAGUGUUUGACUUUACUGACAUAGCUCACAACUUAAAACAAUCUGGUGCUCAAGAACAGAAUUCUCCAUCAGCAGAAAAGAAAAGCAAGCCAGAUGUUUCUGUAGCUCACAUUCCAGAUGAACGGCUUGGGGAACAAAACCAAGAGGGCAAAUCUAUGGAGCCCACAGGCAGCCACUUGCAGAGGAAUAGUGAAAAUACCCCCCCCAAGAGUACAUGGAUUAAGACUGAAACCUCUGGACUUUUUUUUAGCUUUUUAAAACGUCUCGGCGAUAUAAGCAAACUGCCGAACAGCAAGGAAACUGUCCACAAGAGCACUGACUCUGGUGUAUAAGCUUUGAGAAAUGUAAAAUUUUAAGUCAGGGAAGCACAUUAGUGUUACUUGUAAUUAACUCAUCAUGGUGAUGAUGUAGUGUUAUUUUUAAUGUUACUUUUGUAAAUUGAAAAUGAGGUUGUAAAGAGAUGGAAAGAGGGUUCGCAGAAAGUUGUUGGAAAAUGUUUUUGACAGAGAAAGGACAUAAUUGUAUGUUGUACCACUAGAUGGCAGAAUGUAACAGCAGCAUGGUAAACUGUUGCUCAGAAAGUAGGGGUUUUGUUGAUGUCCAGGCAAUCUGUACAUUGUUUAGUAAACAAAAGAACAAUGGGUGCACUCGCUGUAAAUGUUUUUUUCCUCAUUUUUUAUCUAUGCAUUAUAUAUAUUAUAUAUAAUUAUAUAUAUUAUUUAUAUUCCCUUAACAGUAUGGCGUUCCUCAUCAGGUGGAUAAAUAGGUCAAUGUUUACAGUGAGUGUUUCUUGUCUGGAUUAGCAUAUACAAUGAAGAAUGUAUUGAGAAAGUACAUGAAUGUUGAGUUUAAGUAUAGGAGAGCAUAGAUAAAUCAAACUGUAUGUAAAAUAUAGGUUCGAUUGUUAUUUUUGAUACUUAAAAUAUAAAUAACUACUUGUUCUGUAAAUUCUUGAAUUCAAUGUUUUUGUUUUUUUUGCAUUGAUGAACUUGAUGUUUUCCUCUGUUAUUGUCUCAUAAUCAUAUGAACAAUGCAGAAGCUUA